AUGUUUACGUGCAAGUGGAUAUUUAGCAUAGUUGUAUUUGGUACAGUAGCGCCGUUCAGGACGGAUAUGCGCCCAAACGUAACAACCUGCGAGCAAUUCGAACGUGCAGCUCGUUUCAGUCCAUAUUCAGUUCUUGAUGCUAUAUGGAAAAUAAUAUAUUUCUGGUCCAACAAUACGGAACUGUACCCUGUUGCAUUCUCCUUAGCGGUUAAAAAGAGAGUACAAAGCAUAAAAGAAGAUUUUCAAGCAGUAAAUCCGAAAGUCCACGUGGAAUGGGAGAAAUCAACUUUGAUCAUGGACCCCCGGCCCGGUGUUGAAGUGUUGUUUUUGUACGCUGGUAUGCCAGGCGCUUUUCGAGCACUCGUCAGAAAACGGCGUUUCGGUGAAGCACGCCCGCUACCGGAGCCAUGGUUCACGUUUGCUGAUGUGAGAAUGAAGAUGGUAGAGCGAGUGUUAGGCAUGAUGUGCUGUGAGGAUCUAACAGCCUUUGCCCUCGUCAGGAUGGGUGAGAUACCUACGACAGAGGAAGGUUGUGUUACAGCUGCGUCUAAAUUAGGAUAUUCAGCGCCUGACGGGCGCUCCUAUUUAUAUUUUGAACGAAAAAGGAAAGAAGACGAAGAUAAUGCAGACCUGUGA